AUGAUAGGCUUCAAGGGUGAUGAGAUGCUUGAGGAAUGGGAAUGGCCAGUCGAGUGCAAAGCUCAACAAGAAAUGGAGAGACAUUUACGUUGUCAGAUCUGUGGCGAUUUCUUCCAUGGUCCUGUUCUAUUGCCCUGUUCACAUACAUUCUGCUCUACUUGUGUACGUCGUUUUUUACAGAGCAAAGGGGCAAACGGAUGUUGUCCACAAUGCAAACAACCCUGUGACACGCGAGAUUUGGUACCCAAUCGGGCACUGGAACAGGUCGCACUCUUGUUUGAGAAAUCCAAGCCAGAUUUACUCAAGAGAUUACAAGGUAGAAAAAAACUUUCAAGCUCCGCUGUGUCUACACCCAAUACAGAGAGUGGAAAGGUCAAGAAGAUAAAGCAGCAGGACAUACCAGAACGGUUGCCACUUUUGUCUUACAAUGUCAUGAGGGACAAGGAAGUGAGGAAAUUACUUGACUCGAUUAAUGUCCGAGUCCCGAUCAAGAACCGAGAAGAGAUUAUUCAGAUUCACAAAGAGUUUGUCUUGCUGUCGAAUGCACAGGCAGAUUCAGUGAAUCCAAAGAGCACAGCUCAAGUGCGAGAGGAAGUUGUACGGAAUCAUCAUGCGAGAAUGCAGCAAAAGGCCAAGACAGACGCGUUGAAACGCAGCCAAAGUGGAAAUGACAAUGGAAACGCAGCAUCUCCGGCAUCGGGCGUGUCGGCACAAAUGCGCGCUAGUUUUGAUAAACUCCGACAGGAUAUUGCGGAUAGAAAAUCAGGUAAACGACCGCCAACACCGUCGACAGAUACGUCGUCCAGUAAUACCCCACAGAAGGAAGGGAAUGGAGCAUCGGUUGGUGUGUGGCGUCACUUUUGUGCUCUCGACACGAGCGUCAAGCAGGAAUUCUACGUGAACUCGGUGACACAUGAGAUUCGUGUCGACUUGCCGUCCUCAUUCGUGCAAGAGCAGUCGCCAGCGAACCGCUACGAUGACCUGGAUGGUGUUGCGCGUGCUGUAGCUGAAGAUCAUGGAAAUGCAGCGAUAGCGGUAACUCCUCUGAAGUCAAAGGGAAAGGCCAAGCGGGCGAUUGCUGCGGCAUUUACUUCACCAGGUGCAACGGACGAAAGCGUUACAGAAGAGAUUGUCAUCUCGGGAAAUGAAGGUGAAGAUGAAGAGGAGAAACCGCAGCAAACUGGUGAAGACGAAAAGCGAGAAAGUCUAGGUAAACACGCUCGAAGUACCGAUGGCGCCGACUCGGCAGCAGAUGACUCGAUUGAAGUAACUGAAGACGCGGGUGAGGCUGCUACCGAGUGGCAGUGCUCGCGGUGCACAUUAAUCAACGAAGCAACGUGUCAGCAAUGCGAGGCAUGUGGCUUUGAGCCGGCAUCAAUCCCGGCCAAGAAACGCCUACGCAAGAAGAUGCAUUUCCAAAGCAAAAUAGCUUUGUCAUAG